AAUAAAGCGUCCACUGUUGAAAAUCUGCUUGCUAGCUUGAUAAACCAUACGUCCAGGUGGGAAUUCGAAAUUAUGAUAUUACAUGCAAGUAGUCAGUCGUGACUAAUAUUAUGCGGUGCUAUUCAGAAAACGAACUACAGCAGAUGAACAAUUGGCUAUGUGUGUAUUUCUGAAUUAAUGGCCAGCUUGCAGAUAUAGCUAUUUGACUAACGUUAUCCAUGUUUCGGUACCGACGCUCGACUCUAGCUAGCGAUGUUGAGCACCUUUCAGACUGCGACGAUCGACUACGAGUUUCUUUAAACCCGUCUAAUUUUCUAUUUAUUUUAUUUUUCACAACAUACAGCGAAUGUCUGAGAGGUUUGUCGAAGUCGACAGGCUUCAAGCCGAGAUUCAAAAGUACCGUUCAAGUGAAUUAUUGCAACAAGAUGCAGAGAUAACCAGUCAGGAUGUUCUGUUGCGCAUCGAAAAGGUUAUUCUGGAAAUAAUAACAAGUCUGACGAAAGAGAAGGCGCCAGUGUUGGUCUUUCAUAACAGAUCAAGUUGGGCUAACGUAAGGUUUAACAGUGCUGUUGGUCUUCACAUGGGUCCAGACAGCAGUACUGUCACCACCAUCAGAAGUGACUGCUCUUCAUCAGUUAACAGAUUUGCAUUGACCCUGAAGGUCUUGUCCGCAGUCUAUAAACUUGUGCAAAGCAACACAUUUGCCACGAAAAGGGACAUCUAUUACAACGAUACACAGCUGUUCAGGACUCAGAGGGCUGUGGAUUCCAUUGUAGACGACAUUUCUUGUAUGCUCAAGGUCCCUCGCAGGAGCCUACAUGUGUUGGCAACGUCCAAGGGAUUCCUCUCUGGUGAUCUUAGCUACAUGGAGGAAGAUGGCACGAAAGUGAACUGCAGCUCCGCAUCCACUGCUGUGUCAGUUUCAUCUAAUGUCUGUGGAAUAAAGAAUGCAACAUUCCAGAGGCUCCUGGAUGACGGCUUCUGUAGCAAGCUGGCUCCAUGUAUCAUAAUUACAGGGAAGGGUGUCCCAGAUGUGAACAGCAGGUUGAUGGUGAGGAAGCUGUGGGACACCCUGCAUGUUCCCAUCUUCGCUUUGGUGGAUGCAGACCCACAUGGCAUUGAAAUAAUGUGCAUCUACAAGUAUGGAUCAGUGUCCAUGUCCUUUGAAGCUCAGAAUCUCACCGUCCCAAGCGUGAUGUGGCUGGGCCUCCUCCCGUCUGACAUUGAGAGACUGAGGCUUCCAAAAGAUGUCCUGAUUCCAUUCUCAAAGAAGGACGAGAGCAAGCUCACAAGCCUGCUAAGGCGGCCCUAUGUCGUCUGUCAGCCGGCAUGGGAAAAGGAGAUGGAGAAGAUGCUGAAACAGAGACAGAAAGCUGAAAUACAAUCCCUGACAUCAUUAGCCCCAGACUUCCUCACUAGUGUGUACCUGCCAAACAAACUGCUCUAUGGGGGUUGGAUAUGAUCCCACACUGCCCCCUUGAGGCAGGUGGCCUUUUUCUUGCAAUUUCUUAUGAAAACGAAUCUUAUCUGUGCUGUUCGUCCAUCUGUUAAUUUUUAAAGGAAUCUGUCAAUUUAAUUGCAAUUAUAAUGUACAUGUACGCAAGAUGGAAGGCAAAUGGAUGUUACAGUAAUUAUUUCU